AUGGAUUUGUUGGACCCAGAGCUUCAAAAAACGUACGACAAAUGCAAAUAUAUUGUUAAAGUAUGGGAACAUCGUUUUCAGAAAAAAUAUAAAAGAGUUCCUUCAAAGCUUGAUAUUAAAGAAGCAAGUAAAGAAGUUAGACGUGCUUAUGGUAGAUAUUUUCAAUUAAAAUCUUCUAUACUUGAACAAAGUUUUAAAGGUGUGGAUGGGUUCGACGAUGUUGAAAGUGAAAACGAAAAUAUUGGCAAGGAGCCGCCGAGUAACAGUGAGACAAAACCUACAAUGGUCGAUACAGAAAUUAAAGAAGAUUCUCUUUCCAAAAAUUAUACAGAAGAAUUUGUUCAAAGUGAAGGAGCAUGGGGUGUUCAUAUAACUAAUAAACUAACUGAAGAGAAAAUUGAAGAAGAGAAACCAAAGUUAAACUUAAGUAUCACUAAAAAGUUAUUUUGUGGCUCAAAGUUCAGUAAAAGAAACCCAAGAAAAUCAUUAUCAGCAUCCCAGAAAAUUAAAAAUGACAAAACUACAUUAUCACAACCUAUGCCUUCAUUUUCUAGUUUUUCCAGUGAAGAAGCUUUAAAUAUUCUGCAAAAUGAUAAUUCUGAAAGUUCCUUUAUGGGUGUAAACUAUACGCUAGGAGCACUCUCCCAGCCUCUUAAUGCUAUGCAAAUGUUUAUUGAAGGUUCUCAUACAAGAUCUUUAAAAUCUGUAGAUGAAGGCUGGUUAAAGAGAGCUGCCCAAUUCACAAAUGAACUACAAGAAAUUGAUGACUUUUCUGUGAAAGAUGAUAUUAAAGUUGAAUCUACAAAAUUAGACUAUAACAGUGAUGAUGUUAUUGAAAAUUCUGACGAAGAAGAAGAUUCCUCUAAUUAUAUUCCAUCACUUCACAUUGCUAAAAAACGAAAAGUUCUAUCCCAAAGUUUAGAAACAAGUAACAAAGAAGAUAAUAUAAAUGAUAAAAUUAAUACUACAGAAAAAGAGAUUGUUGUUAUAAAUCAACCAGUUUUAGAAGACAAUAUAGGAAAUGUUGAAAUAACAGAAAAAACAGAAUUUCAAGAACCACUUGAGCAAAUACAAGAUGUGUCAAGUACUAGCGGUUUAAAAAAUCUUGCCGAAAUAAGUUCUCCAAAACAAGUUACACCAAGCAAAAAUAUACGCAAAAAGAAGGAAAAACCAGUAGAUAAUGCAAUUGAUGUAAAACGAACUUUAAGAAGCUCUAGUGCAUCUCCUAGAAUAUUAAAAAAGAGUAACAGAAAUACAAAAAAGACACCUAAAAAUAAAGCAAAAAAACAAACUCCAACUCCUCCUCCAACACCACAAAGAAUAUCUUCAAGAAAAAAUAAGCUUAAAGUCAACUUACAAGAGUUUUCUAGUGGAGAAGAAGAUGCAUUUUUAACAGACACCGAUGACAAAGAUCCACCAUUUGAGCCGGAAAAAGAUAAAAAGAAAAGAGCCCCAUUUUAUAUUUCUACAGAUGAUGAUAACGAAACAUCUCCUAAAAAAGCUUCAAACACCAAGAAAAAAGAAAAAACUGUUUCAUCUUCUGUUGCUGUCACUAAAAGGGGUAGAAAGAAAAAAGAUGUAAAUGCUGAUGAAGUAGAAAAUGAUGAUAAUACUCCUUAUGACUUAGAAUUUUCUAUUAAACCUCGUAUAGUUGCACCUAGGUAUGGAAGCAUUAAAAACAUUUUAUCACAACAUAAUGUAAGAAAAGGAAAAAAAUUGGUUAUCCAAAAGGAUGUUGAUAACACUGAAGAUGAUAAUGUUAAAAUUAAAGAUAAACAACAACAAGCCAAGGAAAAAUUACAACAAAAAAUUUCAUCCGGAAGUUUAAAUGACAACUUUGUUAGAAUAAACAUGAAGAAAAAAGUGUUUGUCAGAGGAAAAAGUAAAUUUAAUUUCAGCAAAUACAAAAAAACACAAUGGAAAAAGGUAAAGUCACUUGCCGGACCUGACAUGUACAUGGGUGGUUGUGACGGUGGAAUGGAGACUUGUUUUACAUGUGGUCAAGUUGGUCAUUUUGCCCAGAAUUGUAAAGCAAUGAAGGGUGACUCUUUGUUACCUUUAGAUGCGAAUAUAGAAGAAGAAUGUCCCAUACCAACAUUGGAAGAAGCUUCAAAAAUGGCUCAAGAAGGAAAUUUGAACAUAAGAAAACCAAAAAUAGCUUUGAAAGAAAUUCAGAACUCUGAUUCGCCAGAAAAUAUACAAGAAGAGGAUUCUUGUUUUGAUGACGAGUUUGAUUCAGAUCAAUUAUUACUGGAGACUAUGAAGCUUGAAGAACAUGUUAAGAAGUUGGAUGUUCAAAUGUAUAUGGAUAAUGUUAAAGUUGUGGAACCAUAUUAUAAAUUGAAUGAAGAUGGUAGUAUUGUUGACACACCUCCUGAAGUAUUUGAAACCCUAAGAAGAUUCGGUCAUUCCUCUUUCCGUCCUGGUCAAGAAGAAGCAGUAAUGCGCAUUUUAUCUGGAAAAUCUACAUUGGUAACUUUAAGUACAGGUUCUGGAAAAAGUUUGUGUUACCAAUUGCCUGCUUUUCUGUAUUCUCAAAGAGAACCUUGUAUAUCUUUGAUCAUAUCGCCUCUGGUGUCACUGAUGGAUGAUCAGAUUGUGGGCAUUGCUAAAUUUAUGAGGGCUGCUUGUCUUCAUUCAAACCAAACAACUGUGCAGCGGAAGAAGAUUUUAGAAGCGAUAUCUUUGGGAGAACUAAGUAUUUUAUUGGUGUCACCAGAGGCUGUUGUUUCGGGUGAGAAGCAGAAAGGAUUUAAUUCAUUUUUGCGCAAGCUUCCUCCAAUUGCUUUCGCUUGCAUUGAUGAAGCUCAUUGCGUGUCACAAUGGUCUCAUAAUUUCCGUCCAAGUUACCUAAUGAUUUGUAGAGUAUUGCGGGAAAGUCUGGGAGUCAAGACAAUCCUCGGUCUAACGGCAACUGCUACGAAAGCGACACAGUCCAGUAUCAUAGAACAUCUGCAAAUUCCAGAUGGUGAAGAUGGAGUUAUAAGCGACAUUCCUCUGCCGGAUAACUUACAUCUUUCGGUUUCGAAGGAUGUUAACAGAGAUAAUGCUUUGCUGGAGUUGUUGCUGUCCGAUAGAUUCAAAGACUGUAAAAGUAUUAUUGUGUACUGUACGCGAAGACAGGAGUGUGAGAGGAUUGCCGGAUUCUUAAGGACGUGUCUUAAAGGGGAAGAACCAGUACAAAAUAGUAAUGCCAAGAAACGGAAGCGGAUGAACCUUCAAGCUGAACCAUAUCACGCAGGUUUGUCGGCGUCUCGUAGAAGGACCAUACAGAACGCCUUUAUGUCUGGGCAACUGAGGAUAGUAGUGGCGACGGUUGCGUUCGGUAUGGGCAUCAAUAAGUCUGAUAUUAGAGCUGUGAUACAUUACAAUAUGCCUAGUAGUUUCGAGAGUUAUGUGCAAGAAGUCGGAAGAGCUGGCAGAGACGGUCUAAAAGCUCAAUGUCAUGUAUUUUUGGAUUCUAAGGGAGGAGAUGAAAAUGAACUUCGCCGUCACAUUCAUUCCAAUUCCAUUGAUCACCACGUCAUUAGAAAACUUUUAGAAAGGAUCUUUAUUCCUUGUAGCUGUAAAGGAAUAUGUCCGAAACAUGAAGUAGCAUUUUCGAUUGAAGCAAUUGUAAGAAGUUUGGAUAUUCCGGAAGAAAAUAUUGCUACUUUAUUGUGCUAUUUGGAGCUUCACAAGAACAAAUAUAUUGAACUUCUCAGUCCUGCGUAUACGAACUGCAAGGUUAUUUCUUACGCAGGACCUUUACAAAUUCGAAAAGUGGCUAAAGAUUGCCCACCCUUAGCAAUGGCGUUAGCUCUACAUAAAAACGACGAAAAUAAUAGAAACAUUUUAGAGUUUCCUAUAGUAGAUGUCGCCUCAGCCAUGGGAUGGGAGAGUGGAAUUUGCAAGCACAAAUUAAAGAAUUUGGAAUGGACUACUGUAAACAACCAACCGAAGCGGUCAUCCAUAAACGUAGAAUUUUCCAAUUUAGGCUUCAGACUUUUCGCUCCUGGAAAUCUCGAGGGUGAUCAAUUGGACGAAGCUUUAGAAACCCUUUAUAAUCGAGUUGUUGAGCAAGAAAGGACCGCUUUACUUCAGUUAAACGCCAUUCAUCAGACUUUGUUAAAGGUGGCCAAAACAUCCUUUAAAGCUUGUACAUCAGAAGACGGCGACGAUUUGAUAAAAACCAAAGUGAGAGAAUAUUUUAAUUCACCAAAUCCAUUGGAAUUAGUUUCCGAAAUCAAGUAUCCUAAACUUGAUGAAGAACGACUGAUACAGGACAUUCAUUGUCUUAUUAGCAUGUAUAGGGAUAACAACUUUACUGGUAGAGCUGUAGCUAGAAUUUUUCAGGGUAUUCAAAGUCCAAACUAUCCUGCUCGGAUGUGGGGUCGGUGUAAGUUUUGGAGGAGUCACUUGGAUAAAGAUUUUCACGCGAUUGUUAAAAUUGCUGCUAAAGAAAUAGUCAAGUUGAGGUGA